CGCUGCAUCUCUUAGCUUCGCCCUCGAACAGCGCAUUCACUGCACGCAUGGCUCACACGCGCUCCACCACUCUGUGAUUCCUCGAGAUAGCAGAAGGCGGCCGCAUGCACACCACUUCAUCUGGGAGGGGGGUGGAUAUUUUAUGGAGUGCUGGAACAGAGAGCAGACACUGCGCGCGUUUUUAGACCAUGCCACGGAGUAGGACGGUGCUGUGAAGUUGAAUCUGGGCAGUCAAGCAACGUUCUACACAGUCGUCUCUCUGACAUAAAAGGGGAUCAAAAGUUAUAACUCCAGAGUUGCUCCUUACACAAGAGGACUUGGAAUGACUGGGGCGCCGUAACUUCGUCCCCAGAAAACAAGAUCAAAGUUUGCCGGAGAGACAAUAGUGUUCAUAUGGAGAAUGACAUCUGUCACCAAAGAGAUACGGUGGAGCCCGGCAGUCCACUCAUCAGCGCGAUCAUGUUCUCCGCCGGAGUCAUCGGCAACAUUAUGGCGCUCGUGCUCCUGGAGAUCCGACGCAGGAAAGAGAAAAGCAGACAGCGGCUUUCCCUGUUCCGUUUGCUGGUGACCACGCUGGUCAUCACGGAUCUCACCGGGACAUGCCUCGUCAGUCCUCUCGUACUGACAUCAUACUCGAUCAACACGACCAUGAUCGGGAUGAGCGAGACAGGCGCCGUUUGCCAAUAUUUCGGGUUCACCAUGACUUUCUUCAGUUUGGCAACUCUGUCGCUACUCCUCGCGAUGGCCCUCGAGAGAUGUCUCUCCAUCGGGUACCCUUACCUGUACGGACGGUACAUCACCAAGCGCUGUGGAUACUUCACCGUGCCUUUAAUAUAUGUAGUGUGCUUUGUUUUUUGUCUAAUGCCAUUUGCAGGGUUUGGAACAUAUGUUCAGUACUGCCCCGGGACUUGGUGCUUCAUAGAUAUGAAUCCAAGCACUACAGAGGAUAGAGUUUACGCCGAGGUGUAUGCCACCGUUAUGCUCAUCGUAGUAGUGUCUAUAGUAGCCUGUAAUGGUUUUGUUGUCUAUCACCUGGUUUUGAUGUACCGGAGGCGAAGCAGAAUGAACGGUGGGUCCAUAACCACACGGAGUAGAAAAGACCGCAGAUACUUCUCAAUGGCUGAGGAGUUCGAACACCUCAUUCUGCUCGUGGUCAUGACGGUGAUAUUCGUCAUUUGCUCAGUUCCGUUAAUGGUCCGUGUGUACAUCAACUCCAUCAGCCAAAAGCAAGAGAGCCACAAGACGGACCUGGUGGCCCUGCGUUUCCUCUCCAUCAACUCCAUCAUCGACCCCUGGGUCUUCAUCAUCCUCAGCCCGUCCGUGAUGCGCUUUCUCUGGGGUGCCAUGUGCAAGACCUUCAUCCUCCCCUCCAGGGACUCCCUCUUCCGGAGCUCCCUGGGCAAGAACUCCCUGGUCGUCAAAGACCCCCAGGCCCAGCUGGAGCUGGGCCAGUGCACGGCCAUCACGGAGAUCUCAAACCCGCAGAAGUCUGCUCAGAUGGUGUGACCAAGCCAGGGGUGGGCACAGAGGGCUAAGCUGGCACAGAUGCCACGAGUUGGGUGAAGUCAUGCAUAGAAUGCACACGGGUGUGUACCUGAUUCAGAUUCAGAUUCUGAACGCCUCUUAAAGACGGUUGAGAAGAGGUGAUUGUAAAUAAGCCGUAAAAGAGAUGUAAAGGAAGCGAGGCAUAGAGGCAUAGCAGGUUACCACCCACUUAAUUUAGCCCUGGCAGAGGGGACCAAUUAGAAGCCUCUGUGGAACUCCCUUCAAAGUAAAAGCCUCACCCUUACUAUCCUGACCACCACAGAAUGCUGCUUUUUUUUUUAAAGGAGGAAUUCUGUUCGUUUAUUUUUGUGUCCUCUAAGUUGGGUUUGAAAAUCCCCUGUGGUAGCCACACUUGACCUGUGCUAAUGUUUUCUAACUCGGGGUGACUGAGGCCAGGGAAACGUAGCAGAGCUUCUAAUAACAGUGCCAUCCCUGGUUAUAGAAGCUGUGGGUGACUUCCUGGUCUUCAAAAAGACUUUUCGAGUUUGCAGCAGUACUAAAAGCAUGUUUGUUGGACAUGACCUCCCCGCCAGAGGAAUGACUUUGGUGUGUGUGCUGCGGAAGCUGGAAUUCAAAUUCCCAUGCGAUCCUUUUAAGACUUUAGGAGAAUAGAGAGAAGGUCGUUCAUCUAUUCAGCGACCUCUGGAACACUCGAUAGAAAAAAAAUGCAGCAGCAACAUCAAACAGCAUUCUAGCACAUGGUAUCUGGAGACGCUUGCCACUCGACAGGCUUGCCACAUGUUGUCCCACCGAAGCAGUUCACCCUCGCGGCCCUAGACCUCUCGGGUCAAAGGGGUCAAAACACAGGCUCUCCCGGUUGAAGCUUGAACCCCUCCUUGUUUUGGUGCAUUACUUCAGGGGGUUUAAGGGGUGUGAUGGGUGCUUUGCCAAAGUCCAUUAUUUUCCAUAGGAGCAGACUCAUAUUCCACUCAUGCAGAGAGGGGGUCUGCUGUCUUUGCGCUGGCAAGACACUUAAAGUAUUACCAGGUGUAUUGGUGCAG